AUGGGUAUCCCGUCCUCCACACAGAUUGAAGUACCUCGUCGGUCCCCUAGAGAGACUGAAGGCCUUGUAUGGUCUUCUGAAGAGGCCAGCGACGCAACCGGCCUUCUCACGGAGACCGCAGCGAAGAUUGAAUGCAAAGAGCAGCUUGGACCUUGCGUCAGUCAGAUCUUCAAGGAUGAGAGGGUGACCACACCGCGUCAGAUCCGUCAGACGGAGGUGCGAGGGGACAUUGAGCGAUUAGAGAACAUUAGGCCACUCAUUCAAAAGAUAUGCGAAGAAUCUAGUUCGUCAGGUCUAUCGCUCGGCGUCUUACACCGGGGGCAGGUCAUUUAUAGAGACAAUUUUGGCCAUCGUGAUGUUGAGUCGGGAAAAUUACCUGAUUCAAACACUUUGUAUAACAUCAAUUCGAUGACCAAAGCGCUGACGGCGGCUGCCAUCGGCAUACUUGUCGAAGAAGGCGCGACACAAUGGGGUAUGCCAGUUCAAGAAGCGUUACCUGCAUUUGGCGAUGGGCAUGGCGAAAUCGGGAGAAUGAUCACCAUAGCAGACUUAUUGUCUCAUCGUUCAGGAAUCGCAUCUCCAGACACGUUCUUCUUCCAAGACAACAACGAAUUACUCCUUGAAAAGCAUGACGCGGUCAAGGCGUUCAAUUAUGGGAAGCAGAGAGGAGGAUUCCGAGACUCUUAUAUUUACAACAACUUCGGGUAUGCUGUGAUUGCUCUCUUGAUCGAGACAUUGUCAGGGCAAGAAUUCGGCACUUUCCUGAGGCACAGAAUAUUAGAUAUGCUUCACCUGGAAAGAACCACAACGGCUGAUGUUUCGAGUGAUGCAAACGCGGGCAGGUGCUAUUGCGUACUGGAAGACCAGUCAUUAUGCCGUGUUCCGGGACCAAGGGUCGGCACUGGUUCACUCCUCGAAGGUGCCGCUGGCAUCAAGAGCACCGUUAAUGAUCUUCUGCAUUUAUACCAAGCGUUCCUUGAAGCGGUCAAAGAUCAGGUUCAACGUGGUUCAACAUCCACAGAGGGUUCACCAUUUAAGCAGUGUCCAACACUCAUCAGAGGCCACAGCUUCCUCGACGGCACUUCUCUAAGAGAGAAUGCUUAUGGGCUUGGUUGGAUCCGCUGUCAACUUCCGGGUGUAAUAGGCAAGCAAGGCAUCAACGCAAGGUUGCAGAUGGACCUACCAGUCAUUGGGAAAGGGGCUGCCUCCCGUUUCUGUCUCUAUCACGAGGGUCUUAUGCCAGGUUCGUCGUCCAACGUAUAUGCAUUUCCGGAAACGAUGACCAUAAUUGUCGUGUUGCAAAGUGCGAAUUCGCUGAAUGACUGUCCUGACUGGAUCGCGCAACUCCUGAUUGAGACAGUCUUCGACUUUCCUGAGAGGAAUGAUUGGCUUGAGCUUGCAAAAGCGAGCGCUAGGAGUGCUCUCGCACUAGUACCUUCAAUGAGGUUGAAGCUCGACAAAGGUCGUGUGCCCAAUACAAGACCUAGCCUCCCCUUGGAUGCUUAUUGCGGUCGCUACCAUAGUCCCCUCAAGAACUUCUUCCUUGAAGUAUCGCAGCAUGAAGACGAACUGGUUGUAGCAUUCCAAGGUCUUCCUUCUCAAUCCAAUCCACUCCGGCAUUACCAUUUUGAUACCUUCACAUGGCUAAUGACCCAUGACGAGGCGGCGAGACGAGCGCGUUUGAUGGUCAAUUUUCCAGCUGAAUUCUACCUUCUCAGAUUUGGCAUGUCAAUACAUGGUAAAAUCGAUCGUCUCUACUGGAUAAUAGAGAAUACUGGUCCAGAGCCGGAAACGUUUCUGAAAGACUUGGCGGUGAAGGAGACGCUCUGA